GGAAAAUUGUAAAUAUGGCGGAACCUGUAACUUCCAAGAAGCCUCCGGACUGGAAACCGCUGUCUGAGACGGUUCAGGACGCCAACACUUUGCGCAUGGAGUCCAUGAAUGCCCACCACGACCAUCUAAUCACAGAAAUAGAAACUUCCGAUGGACCACUGGGGACCACACUCAGAGCGGUAUACGAAGGCGAUGAACUGGAGAAGUUUAAAACGAGACUUGAUGACCAUAUCAAGUCACAUGACAAGGAGAUUGAACGGAUGUGUAACUACCAUUACCAAGGUUUCAUCGACUCCAUACGCGAGCUACUCAAAGUCAGCAUGGACGCUGCCCAGCUCAAGGACGAGAUUCAGGCGGAUAAUCAGAGCCUCCAGGAGUCCUGCUCUCCUCUGAUGAGUAAGGGUGAACAGCUCAUCAAGUGUCGCCGGAUACAGCGUAACAUAGCCUCGGCUGCUGAGAACCUCAACCUCUGCUUACCCGUAUUAGAAAUGUAUGGGAAACUACAGGACCAGAUGAGGAGUAAACGGUAUUACCCCGCUCUAAAGACUUUAGAACAAUUAGAACACACAUACCUUCCCCGUGUAAAUACCCACUGGUUCUCCGAGACCAUGAGCGAUGCUAUUCCAAAGUUGCGUGAACGUAUCAAAGAAGCGUCCAUGUCUGAUCUGAAAGACUUCCUGGAGAACAUUCGUAAACACUCGGCUAAGAUUGGAGAAGUUGCCAUGAAACACGAAAAACAGAACACAUUCACAAGAAUGGAGGACAACACAAUGUUGCGCAGAAUCAAGGCUGCGGAACAUAACAACAUGGACCCAUCUAUAGUGAUCGCGAGUAAAAAAAAGUUGAAGAAGAAGGCCCCUCCCCCUCCCAACCCAUUCACAGGGGAGGUGGACUUGGAACCCGAGCCUGUUGCAGAGGACACACCUGAACUUAAUGAGGAGGAAAUGGGGGAGUUAAGUGCUCAAGAUCUGAUAGACUUCUCCCCAGUCUAUAGAUGUCUACAUAUAUACACUGUGCUGGGAGAUCGUGAGAAAUUUGAGACAUACUACAGAAAACAGCGGCGGAAACAAGCGAGGCUGUCACUACAGGCUGCCUCCAACAUGCAUGAAGCCAUCGAUCAUUACAAGAGAUACUUCCAUGAUAUUGUAGGGUUUUUUGUAGUAGAGGAUCACAUCUUAAGUACGACCCAAGGCCUGGUCAACCGUGCCUACAUGGAUGAGUUAUGGGAAAUGGCUGUGUCCAAACUGGCCGCAUCCUUAAGGACGAGUUCUGCUUUUUGCAAGGAUGCCAAUAUGAUGCUAGAUAUUAAGAAGCUUAUUGUACUGUUUUGCCAUACUCUGAGGGGCUAUGGUUUUAGUGUUGGCCAUCUACUGGAGCUUCUCUUAGAAUUAAGGGACCAGUACAGCGAUAUUCUGACACGACAGUGGGUGGAAGUGUUUAAUGAGAUAUUUGAUGAUGAUAACUACACACCUAUCUAUGUGGAGAACGAGGAGGAGUUCCUGGGUGUUGUUACACAGUUCCCAUUCCAGGACGAUGAUCUUCAGGGGAGUGCAUUUCCAAAGAGAUUCCCGUUCUCCGAGUUUGUGCCAGACAUUUAUAACCAAGUGAAAGAGUAUAUAAAUGCCUGUUUGAAGUUCUCUGCUGAUCUUCACCUCAGUCAUACAGAGAUAGAUGACAUGAUCAGGAAGUCGACAAACCUGCUGCUGACGAGAACCCUCGGGAGCUGUCUGUCUUCACUCAUCAAACGACCAAGCCUCUCCCUCCUACAGCUAAUUCAGAUUGCUAUAAACAUGAACUACCUUGAGAAGUCAUGUGGGUACCUGGAGGAGUAUAUAUCCAGUAUUACAGGUGCCCAGAACGACAGCAUACACAUGGCCAGACUUCAUGGAACUUCAAUGUUUAAGGAUGCCCGCAGUGAUGCAGAGGAGCAUAUCUAUAAACAGCUGAACCUGAAGAUCGAUGAAUUCUUAGACUUAGCUAACUAUGAUUGGAUGGUGACCGAGUCCAAAGGUCACGCCAGCGGUUACAUAGCUGACUUGGUGGCAUUCUUACAGAGCACGUUUAUGUCCUUUACCAACCUUCCGGAGAAAAUAGCAAAGACGGCUUGUAUGUCUGCAUGUAAACAUAUCGCCAACAACCUGCUGGAGUUCAUCCGUGACAACGACCUGAAACAGAUGACACUCGGAGCUCUACAGCAGUUUAACCUGGACCUCAUUCAGUGUGAACUGUUUGCUGCCUCCGAGCCAGUACCAGGAUUUACUGAUGGAACCCUAGUGAUGGCGUUUGCAGAUGUCCGACAGCUGUUGGACCUGUUCCUGAACUGGGACUGGUCAGUUUAUCUGGCCGACUACGGUCAGGCCAAGUCCAAGUACCUUCGCGUCCAGCCACAGGUGGCUAUCAGUAUACUGGAGAAGUUAAACAAUGCUGACAAGAAGAAGAACAACCUAUUUGCGUCGCUGAAGAAGGGCGAACGUGACAAGAAAAAAUUGUUGGACACUGUUCUGAAACAGCUUCGCGGACUUGUCAACGGCACCACACCUCAAGUACAGGGUUGAGGUCAGAGAUCAAAAUCAUACUUUCUGUACGGUCAAAUGGUUGCUUCAGAAAGAGCACUACUACAGAUAUAUAGUGAAUAUGUUUGUGAUAAAAUUACUUUAUGUACACACAGUAUUUCCCACCAAACAUUCUGCCCAGGGGAGAUAACUUUGAUCUGUGAUCUUGAUUUUAGUAAUUACAACUACAAAAAGGAUUGUGUUUUGCUGUGGAGAUUAAACCAAAACGGUUCUUUGAUUCAUCUUAGUGAUGUAACGCGGCACAUGGUUUCUUGACCAUCGGAUUUGGUAUGUCAUCGUGUCCUUAAGCAUACAAUAUUAAGUGCUAUCGGGAUUAAAUUCCAAAAUUCCUUGACUAAGCUUGCGUACAAGUUUGUGAAACCAUGUGUCCAUACAGAACUGUCGCUCUGUUAAAUGAUAUAACAAUGCCAGUCGUAUCUAAGGCCUGGAUUCCCUGAGCAACGUGUGUCAGGAUACAGCAAUGCCAGCCCAGGCCUGGCCCAGAGCUUCACAAGAGGAGCUUGUGAUGGAAUGACGGCUUUGUGAUAUGGGUAUUAAAUGUUGUUCUGUAUCACUACAUAUCUGUGAUAACUGCAAUGCUUGUGUGAGGCUUGUGUGAGGCUUGGUGUGGAGGUGAACAGUGCUUGUAUAUGUUGCAAGAUUUGUAUGUAAGGCUUAAUUGUAUUGAAAGUUGUAAUGUAUGGUCGAGCCUAGUUAAUCAAGUGACAGUCUUUUUGAAAGAGGCUGGAUUAUCAAAAUAUUAGGGUGGCUGAGUGGUUGGACACCCAGAUCAGUGUUGGCUGGGUGGUGGGCCCCCAAGAUUAGUGUUGGCUGGGUGGUGGGCCCCCAAGAUUAGUGUUGGCUGGGUGGUGUGAUACCCAGGUUAGUGUGGGCUAGGUAGUGUGAUACCCAGAUUAGUGUUGGCUGGGUGGAGGAACCCCUAGAUUGUGUUGGCAGGGUUGUGUGAUACCCAGACUAAAGUUGGCUAGUUGGUGCGAUACUAAGGUUAGUGUUGGCUGGCUGGUGGGAUACCCAGAUUAGUGUUGGCUGGGUGGAAGAACUCCAAGAUUAGUGUUGGCAGGGUUGUGUGAUACCCAGAGUAAAGUUGGCUGGUUGGUGCGAUACCAAGGUAAGUGUUGGCUGGCUGGUGUGAUACCCAGAUUAGUGUUGGCUGGGUGGAAGAACCCCAAGAUUAGUGUUGGCAGGGUUGUGUGAUACCCAGACUAAAGUUGGCUGGUUGGUGCGAUACUAAGGUUAGUGUUGGCUGGCUGGUGUGAUUCCCAGAUUAGUGUUGGCUGGGUGGAAGAACCCCAAGAUAAGUGUUGGAAGGGUUGUGUGAUGCCCAGACUAAAGUUGGCUGGUUGGUGCUAUACCAAGGUUAGUGUUGGCUGGCUGGGGUGAUACCCAGAUUAGAGUUGGCUGGGUGGAGGAACCCCAAGAUAAGUGUUGGAAGGGUUGUGUGAUACCCAGACUAAAGUUGGCUGGUUGGUGCUAUACCAAGGUUAGUGUUGGCUGGCUGGUGUGAUACCCAGAUUAGUGUUGGCUGGGUGCUGCGAUACCCAGAUUAGUGUUGGCUGGGUGCUGCGAUACCCAGAUUAAAGUUGGCAGGGUAGUGGGACAUCCAAAUUAAUGGUGACAGGAGAGUAGGCCAACCAGGUGUGUGGUGGCUUAAUAGUAGGACAUCAGCGGUGGCUAGGAAGCUUAAGGGGGAUACCCAGAUUAGAGUUAGCGUUAGCUGGGUAGUGAAACACCCAGAGACAAGUGGUGACAGAAGAGUAGGACAGCCAGAUUGAUAGUGACUGGAUUAACAAGGCUCAUCAGUAUUGCAAUCAACUUGUAUGAGGUGUACAAAUCUAAAAUGUGAAGUGAACUGCAUGUUUAUGCCAUGUCUGACAACAGUUUUGCUAAUGUAGUCAACGAUUCUCCCAAAAUAGUCUGUUGUUUAUGUUUCAUAAUAAAUGGCAUGCCUACCCUCCCCCUGAGAGCAGGGCUUCAAAUAGAACUUAGGUAAUAUUAACGUCAACUUUUUCUCCUUCUAAAUGACUGCAUAGACUGCUACAUAUUAGUUUUGAAAUAUCACUUGGACAAGGGGAUACCAUUUUUUAUAAAUGAAGUUGAUUGAUCCCAAUAGUCUUGUACAAAAAAAUUGAAGCCUCCCUUGUCUCUUUCUGACUAGUAGAUCAUAUUUCCAUCAAAUUUGCUAUGAAGCAUUUUUUUGGACCAGGAAAUCAGAUUUUGGAAGGGUGUAUUUAGCUAGGUGUAUUCCAGCAUGGUGGUGAGAGGGGCAGUCCAAAAUGAGGAAAUAUUAAUCAUAUUAACUCUUAGUUUGCCAUACAAGUGUAGUUCCUUAAAUAGCAAGGUGACAUAUACAGGCCCUCUAAACCUCUUGUUUGAAUAAUAAUGCCUUGUUCACUAGUAGGCUAAUUAUUUUCAGAUUUUUUCACUAAGAACUGUUGGUAUUUCUUAGUAGGUAAUUGUGCAGACAGUCCGCUGAACCCAUUGUGAAGAACUGUUACCAGAUUUGUCACAGAAAUAUUGUCAAACAUGGUGUACACAUGCAGAUAUUUGUGUGGGAGAUUAUAUAUAUAUGUGAGGAUGUUUAAUUCGGACUUCACGGUCCUAUAUGCUCAUUAUUCAUCAGUGCAAUACACAAUACUAUUCAUAAUUCUGGUCUGAUAGAGUGUGAACUUUGGUGGCGUGAGAGAGGGGUAAAAAACCAAAAUCUGGUAUAUUUAAAAACCACCAUACAGCAAGGAGGAGAAUGUAUUAUAGAAUAUCCAGUUAUUGUACUUGUGCUGUAGACAACAUUCUUGAGGUGGAAAAUAGGAAUUGAGAGUCUAUUGAUAAUUUGGUUUACAGUUGCUGGCUUAUUUGUCUGGUUGAAUGUGACAGCUGUGGUGGAUAUGUAUGGUGUGUAAUUGUGCACAUGAUCUGCCCUUUCUUAUUCCUUAACUUGAGAAAAUUUGAGUCUAAGAUUUGUGAAUCUUAGAAAUGAACUUGGUACAUUUGUUCACGACUGUAAGAAUGUCAGUGUUUUUCUGAUGUUUUGUCCAUUUUUAUUCCAGAUUGGAAUGUUCUGAUUUAUUAAUAUAAACAUUCAUGUAUACUAAGGAAAUUGUUCCAAAUUUAAGAAAAAUCUUUCCAUUCCCAGAUAAGCGAUCUUAAUCUUAUACCUGAUACUAAGUUAUUCAUAUAUUUUAUCAGUAUACAUUGUAACUUUCCGUGUUUUAUCGUGUCAUUUUGGAACAUUUUCCCUAGUUUGAGAUUGUGUAACUUAACAAGAAUACUGACAAUAUAUGUUUUCGGCCAUUAUCAUUUCAAAUGUACCUUUAUAAAUGUAAAUAUUAUUUUAUGAAACAAUUUGUAUUUAUUGUCCACAUCAUAUGCACCAUAACCUUGUUGUAAUUAAGUACUCCACUCCACAUUAACUCCAACAGGACUUUAUACUAUAUAUUGUUUAUAAACACCUCUCCAUGAACGAUAAUACAAUACACUCCGAAACCAUCGUUGGCUCCUUCUCAGAUGGCCUCAAUCUUACAGGGUUUUAUUUAAUUUUUAUUUUAUGAUCAAUUAGGAUAUGUAAUGAUGGGCAUUGAACUAGGUCUCUCUUUUACUUUUAGUAUAACGGCUAUAAAAUUAUAAACAUUGUGUUCUAAACAGUUUCUAAGUAGAACUCGAACUCUAUAAAUGUAGAGCAGUGUUGGGUAUCGUCCCAAUAAGGAAGACCUUAUACCUUGUGAAUAGUCACCUAGUGGUUCGAGGUGGAGGGAAUAGCCGAGAUGUGCUUACUUAAAUGAAAUGGCUGAAAUGUAUUUUUAAAAUCACUAAGUAUAUCUGAUGCCGCUAAAAGCAGUUUGAAACAUCUUGUAUAAAAACUAAUGUCAUUUGUUAUUUUAAUGUAUUGAAUGAGAAUAUUUAACUUGAAAAACACACUGAAUAUUGAUACAUUUCAAGUUUUUUAUGAUCAGGCCUUUUUUUUGCCAUGAUUAUGAAGCAAAUAUUUUGAUGAUGAUAUGAUCAGCUUAACUAGAUAAUAAGCUAUAAGACCAGUGUACCAGAUAAUUUGGACCUGUUUAUUACAUGUAACCUACUGAUAUAUUGUUUUGUCAGAAACGUAAUUAUAUUCUCCUGUUGACAUAACAUACCCAGAGGAAGAGGGAGAUACCAAAUUAUGUAGUCAAUUAUCAGAACUUCUUACUGAGAAAUUAGAUUUUUUAUUUCAUCAGUGGCACGCUCAACUUGAUGUUAUUUUCUCUGCUGCCCAUCAAGACUGAAACUGUCUAUUGUUGUAAUGUGAAUGAAGGUUGAGAGGAAACGUGGUGUACACACUGUUUAUCACAUUGUUGAAGCUAGUUCAUAGAACUGCAUUCUGCUUAAACCCUUUCACCACUGUAGACUUGAAUGGACUCGUCCAGAUAAAUGCAUGGUUGAGUCUACAAAAGUUAUAUAGGGGUUAAUAAUUAUUUUAAUUUCUAGUCAAACCAGUGGACACAAGAAAUCUUAAAGAUUUGCUUAUAGUGAGUUUAGUGAAAUGUAAACAUGGAUUGUAUCAUAUGGAGGUUUCUGAUGAUCGUUGCAGGCUGGCUUUCUCUCAUACUUUCUCUUGAACUAUAUAUACAGACGCAUUUCGUGUGAUUUCAUUUAGCAUGGAAACUGGAUAUUUUCAUGUCUCGAAACUUUCAUUUUUCAUUGCUCAUACAUUUUGAUAAAUAAACAGAUUUUCUUGUCCCUGAGAUGGUAAUAAUGUGCUUUUGAUGAACUUGUGACUGUUCACCAUGAUGAUUUAUUUAAAAAGCAAUUUUUUUAACGAUCCGACACAGUUAUAAACACAGAUACAAUACUGUAGGGAUGGGAAAGCAAAACGUGUUCAAGGUUUCAUAAACUCAUUUCCAAAAAUGAAAUAUUUCUAGAUGUAUAUGUUCACACUAAAUGUAGUUUAUGCAAAAUAAGUGACACUGUGAAGAGUAGGUAGACCAGAUCGUAACCCUUGGCUAGCGAAGAUGUGAAAAAAUGUACCUGUAUCUUUAUAAUAAUUUUAAUAUUUGGCAAUUAUAGAUACUGUACAAUGUACUGUAAAAAUCUGACCAAUGAACCACUAGUAAUUGUUUAUCAGUUUAUCAGAGACAUGAAUACUAUUUUAGAACGUAAUUCAAAUAUUUAAAGAUAAUGUGUACAUGACUAGUGUAGUCACCACAUGAUUUGUUAAAAUUCAUUUAUCGGAUGGUCAAAAUCGAUCUUUCGUUUAUUAAAUAAAAGCUUAUUCCUGGUACAGUUACAGUGUGUUCAUAUUUUAGUAUUAAAUCAUAAUUAUAGCUAUGGAAAUUUCAAUGUCCCUAUACUGGGCCAGAUUGAGGCUACAGUGAAGAUCUUUUAUCGUACCCUUUUUUUUACACAAACCUUUUUUAUUGAUUUGGUGUUACAGGUACAGGUGGAGGAUGAUCAGAGCAGAAAUAAUAACUUUCCGUUUGAUAAUAUGAUAUCUUCUCUCACAAUUCUUAUAUCAGUUACAUUUACCAGAUAUUUCUAAAAUAUUUCUUUUACAAGUCUUUAAACUGCCUAGAAUGUUUAUCAGAUUGAGUGAUUGUUUCACAUAUUUAACACAGAAGUGAUUGUUUUACAUAUCUAGUGAACUUCAUUGUUACAUUAAUUAUUAAAAAAUCAAUUCCAUUAAGCCAAGCUAGGGUCGUGUGAAUUUUUACCCUUUUCAUUGUUGUUGCCGCCUCCCUGUAUUAUCCCUGUUUAUUUUAAUAAAACUUGAAUCAUUACGAUGUUUACACUGUUUUAGAUGUAUACAGACCAACAACAGUGUAAAUGUGAUCAGAAAUUGUCCGGAGCUUCAAUAAUACUGGUGAUGUUUACCAGGACAGACUUUGAGCAUGCUUCACUUGCCUGCAGUGCUGCAAUCCCUGUGUAAGGCUAGUCCGGAAUCUGUUGUACACAAUAGGUAGGAAGUAACGUUACAUCAGACAACCGUAUUCAGUUAAUAACAGUGUUAAUUCAACUUAAAUUUAAAAAAUAAAAAAUAAAAAAAAUGUACAUGUUAAGACAGGUAUGAUGUACGUAAAAUGUAUUUAGGUUAGGAGAGGGCUUAAUUAAGUUAUGAGAACUUGUGCCCAAUCCUUUUUGUCAUUUUCAAGGCAAUAAAAAUAUGUUUAAACCAACAGUGGGUAGACUUUUAGAUUACUCUAACACCCACAGUUCUUUUAUUACGAUUGCUUCCUACCUCUUAGGUAUAAUAACUUUUGAAAUAGCACUUACUGUAUUCUUUUUUUCCAAAUAAAAAGUUAUGGUAUGUCAGU